CUGUGGUUGGGCGCGGCCGGGCCCAAUCCCGGAGCCGGGUUCGGCCAACGGUCAUGGUUCAGGACGACGGACUGGCAGUUGCCCCUGCAUUUAAUUUUGUUAAAUUUAACCGACGAUGGCAAUCGAUGAAGGAUUUGAAUGCGAGAACUAAACUCGGGGGUCGGAGGCAUCCCUGGAUGCGCUCCCUAGGAUUAGGCUCUUUGCCCUUGUGCGGUAGUCGUCCUCAUCCUCCACCUGGGGGCAGCAUAGGACGCUAUCGCCUAACCCUGCCCGUGAGCAAUCUCCUAACUCAUCUCUGAGUUUCGCGGUAAAUGAAAUUCUACGAGAUAGUAGAGUUAUUUAGUAUUGUUUAGUAUGUACUCCGAAUAACAAGAGAGCGCUAGAGACUGUAUGGUAUCCGAUGAGGAACACGCUUUGUUGCUCGGUUUUUAUUAGUUUGAAAUUAUUUUGAUCUCGUUGAAAAGAUAUGGACGAGGAUCCCUUGGGAUUUACAAAACAAACGGCAUUACUGUUGAAAGGAUUGGGAUGUACAGAUUUGAUUCCCCAAUUUAAAAAGAGGAAUAUAUCAACCACUGAGCUUAGUGAAUUAGACGAAGAGGAUUUUAUUACGCUUGGUGCAGACAGAGAACUUGCAGAAAAGUUAGUGACACAGUUUAAUAUAAAGUAUAAACGUGGAGAAUCUUCUGAGUUAAUCGCUCAGCACAGAUUAAAAGAAUUAAUAGAGAUAUUACGGAAUGGGAAACAGGAACUCUCUCUUCUUCAAGCAUUAAUCACAUUUGCUCGCUUAAAGCUUCUUAAAGAACAGACUGAUUUUUUCAUCGAUUAUGAUGAACCUUUACGUGCGAGUCAGGCACUUAGUAUGGCAGCUUCUGCUACGUUACUUGAAAUUAAGGAUGCUGAACAUAAGUUAUGUGAGCUGGCUGGUUAUUUAGAUAUGAACAAUGAAUCAAAGCGACGAUAUAUCUACCUCAGUGCUUUAAUCAGUGGAAUAGGUGUUACAGUGUACAUAGUGAUGCGUGUAUGCAACAAUUGAUCAGUACUUAUUAAGUAACUUUGUCUACAUAAAUAUGUUUAUAAAAAACAA